AUGUACCUUUUUUUUAAUCUAUUUUCUUUCGGCGUAGAUUUCAUUCCCUCUUUUUCUCUUGUUAUUUCUUGUUUUCCUUCUUCCGACAUUCUACCCACUGUCUCUUCCUCUUUAUUGAUAUUCCUUCUGUUAUCUUUUUUCAGUUUAGCUUUCAUUCCCACUUUUUAUCGUCGUUUCUUUUUCUUCUUCUUCCGUCUUUUUGUUAUUUGGUCCUCCUCCUCCUCCUUCUUCUUCUUCUUCUUCUUCUUCUUCUUCUUCUUCUUCUGCUGCUGCUGCUGCUGCUGUUGUUGCUGCACCAUUCUUCAACUUCUUUCUUCUUCUUCUGCUGCUGCUUCUGCCAUUCUCCACCAACUCCUUCCUCUUCUUCUUCUUGCACACAAUAAAUACCUAACAGAAAUAAUUUCUGACACUUCUUGCCUUUAUUUAUCCGCAUUUCUACGGAUUGCCUGUAAACAAUGGCGCGCUUUUUCUUUUUGUUUGCCCGCCUUUUCUCCUUUUAAUCCCAUUUCCGACAUUGUCUUCUCAUUGGUUCGUUUUACGGCUUUUUCACUUGACAUUUCUUUCCGUUUCUUUUUGCAUGUUUUGAUUUCAUUUUUUCUUCUUUCCUUCAUCAUAUUUGCCCAACAAUUAUUGUUUUUUUUUUGUUCAGUACCUCUAUUUCGUCUUUCUUUCUUUCUUUCUUUUCUUUCUUUCUUUCUUUCUUUCUUUCCAUUGUUUUAUAAUGUUUUUCUUUCUUUCUUUCUUUCUUUCUUUUUUUCUUUUCUUUUUUUCUUUUCUUUUUUUUCUUUCUUUUGUUUUAUAAUGUUUUUUCUUUCUUUCUUUCUUUCUUUCUUUCUUUCAAUUAGUCUAUCCAUUGUUUUACAACACUAUUCUUUCUUUCUUUCUUUCUUUCUUUCUUUCUUUCUUUCAAUUAGUCUAUCCAUUGUUUUACAACACUAUUCUUUCUUUCUUUCUUUCUUUCUUUCUUUGACUUUUCCCUUAUUUCCACAGCGGCCUGUCUGUUUUUGUGCCUGGCAGUCUUUCUUUCUUUCUUUCUUUCUUUCUUUCUUUCUUUCUUUCUUUCUUUCUUUCUUUCUUUCUUUCUUUCUUUCUUUCUUUCUUUCUACUUGUCUAUCUAUUGUUUUACAAAUUUAUUCUUUCUUCCUUUCUUUCUUUUAA